AUGGUUUUUGUGACGAGCAUUGUAUGCCUUAUUGAUCUUUUCUGUUUCACGGUAACUAUCAUCAAGUGGAGGAUAUUAACAAAAAAAAACAAGCUUCAAAGCAAAACCGAAAAAUCGUUGUUGUUUCUGGCGUGCUCCAUUUGUAUUUCACAUUCUGCCAAUUGCACUGUUCAGGUCUUUUUCUAUUACUCAGUACAUUUCGUGUUAUCAUUCCUGGUAAGAGACUUCGUGUAUGACGUCCUCACCUUUGUUCCAACAUGGGUACUCUACAUGACACAUCCGGCAUUUGGAAAGGCCGCCUACAAAGUCAACGCUUCCAUUUUGAUUAUGAAUUCAGUGAAAUCUUAG